AUGUCCCAUAAGAGAAUAGGCGGAAGGUUCACAGCGGCUAGUGCGACCGAGGCUUACACUAGGCAAUUGACCGCUCCGGUGAAGAAAUGGAGAAAAGCUUGGGUACCUCCUACGGGUCUCGGACCGGAGAGUUCGUUUAAGAUCUACCGAUGGGUGAGAGUUGACAAGCUUCCUGGUGCCGAUCUCGAAGCGGAGGCUGAGGAGAAUGAAGAUAACGAGGAAGAUCUCGAAGACAAUGUAGACGAAGCUGAAGAUGCGGAAGGAGACGAAGGAGAAGCGGACCUUCCUCCACCUCCCGAGACAGGUUUGAAACCUCCCCCCAUAAAUGAUGCGCUAGCCGAAACCAAUCUCACCGCCCCUUCUGCCUCUCCAGCUCCUGACAACAUCAACGUCGCUGAAGAAAUCACACCCGCUCAAGACGAUGUCAUUGCAGCGACACAGGAGACCAUGUUGGAAGAGCCGGCCGUAAACACGGCGCUUCCUGAGGAUCCACCAUUACAACAAGAGACAUUCAUCCCGCCCCCAUCGGAUAUUGGUAUCCCUCCCAAUGCCAUAGAGAUCACCAACGUAGCUCCUGGUUCGGCCGAGUUGGGUAAUGGUGAUUUAGGAGCUGGAGGAGUAGAGAUUACUCUUCCUGAAACGACGACUACUUUGAUUGAAGAAGCCGCUGCCGAAGCUGUCCAUGAUGCCCCCCUAAUGUCGAUGACAGGGGAGGUAUACGCAGAAGCGGAAGAGUUGGACGAAGGGAGGGACGUGAAAGAGCCGGAGGAGAUGGAAAUGGACCAAGACAUUCCAACUGGAAAGGACCGAGGAAGGGCUGGUCAUGGGAGAGAUGCACCCACCGGUGGAGGAAGUGGCUAUGGAGGUUGAAGGGGCUGAUCAACCUCCGAAAGAAGUGGAGUAAAUCUGUGGCUUUCAUACGAUUUCAUCUAACGAUUGGCCUCCUUCCCUUCCUUCUUUAUUAUCAUCAUCCGACCGACAUGCAAUGCGAAAUUUGU